UCCUCCUCCUCCUCCUCCUCCUCCUCUCUCUCUCUCUCUCUCUCUCUCUCUCUCGUGACGUCAUCGAAACCAUCAUGGCGGCGCGGGGAGGUUGCGUCUUGUUGUUCCUCUUCUUAUUUUCCUUUUUACUUGACAACGCUGCGGCGGGGCACCUCACAGAUGGAGAUAGCAGAAGAAGUAGCAGAGGAAUUCAGUACAGCAUAGGAGGAGGAGGAAGAGGAGGAGGAAGAGGAGGAGGAGGAAGAGGGGAGGAUGGAGAAGAUCAUAUUGAUCCUGAGAUUCGUCUGAUGGGGAGAAAGAGAAGAGAUGUUGAGAUCACCACCUCCACCACCUCACCACCACCACCACCACCAUCACCACCAUCAACACCACCACCAAACAACAAGAAAAAAGAAGAAAAAGAAAAUUACUUAAAAAAUUCAAGCAAAAAGAAACCAAUUUAUACCAAGAAAGCAACUCCUACAAUUACGACUACUAUUACUGCUGUAUCUACUACUGCUACUACUUCUACUACUACUACUACUACUGCACCUUCUACUGGAGUUGACGAUGGGUUUGCCGAAGAUGCUGCUGGUGAUGACGGUGAUGAGAACAGGACUGGAAAUGUAGAUGUGAUGGAUACCACCACAACCUCAACCACCACCACCACCACCACCACCACACCUCCGCCACCAGUCCCAGCGGUGGAGAAGGAGGUGGAGGAGGAGGAUGAAGAGGAGGAGGAGGGAGGGGAAGACAUGGAGGAGGACAGCGUGGAGCCAGUCCAGGGUUUUGUGACCACCAAUGCAACUGUGGACCAUCAUAGGUACUAUCGCUCUCACACCAUCAAGGGCAUCGAGGAGGUUCAACAUUACUGGGUCGAUUUGGACUCCAUUGAAAGAGAGGAAGUUAUCACCAAUGAAAUGCUCUCUGCCUCACACCGCAGGGCUGCCACGGUGACCCUGACCUUCCCGUUCCCCUUCUACGGGCAUCUCCUGCGGAACAUCACCAUUGCGACGGGCGGGUUCCUGUUCACUGGGGAGUUCGUCCACACCUGGCUGGCAGCGACGCAGUACAUCGCGCCCCUCAUGGCUAACUUUGACACCUCCAUGAGCAAGAACGCGUCAGUCAAGUACGCGGACAAUGGCACCUCCUUCACCGUACAGUGGAACAACGUGCCUCUGAAGGACCACGCCGAUGCUGGAACAUUUACUUUCCAGGUCACCCUACACAAGAACGGCGACAUCGUUUUCACCUACAAGCAAGUGCCGAUGUUUGUGACCGCGAUCAUCGACGACCAACAUCCCGUCAAAGUUGGGCUGUCCGAUGCCUACAUUGUGGACCGGACCAUCUUCUUCGUGCGCCGUAAGACCAUCUACGAGUACCACAAGAUUGACAUGAAGAAGAAGAACAUGAUCGGAAACUGGACGGCAAUACUCUUCAAGGCUCUGCCCACCUGUGUCUCCAUGCACACCUGUGAUGCCUGUCUGUCGCAGAAGAUCAGUUUCCAGUGCCAGUGGUGUGACAGCAUUGGGCGGUGCAGCAAUGGCCUGGACCGGAACAGACAGGAGUGGCUUCUCAACAGCUGUGAGACCCACCAUACCCAGCUGGCCGAAAGCUGCCCCCCCGCCCCCCCCGGCUCCCCCCAGGGCGAGGACAGCUACCCCGAGACCUUUGGGGGUGACGCUGCGGUGGAGAGCUUCACUGCAGGUUCUUCCUCCAACACUAACACCACCAGGGAGGGAGGGAGAGAAAAUUCCUCCUCCUCCUCCUCCUCCUCCUCCUCUCCUCUUCCUCUUCCUCCUCCUUAUGAAUAUGAAAACUCCUCCUCCUCUUCCUCCCCUUCCUCUAAACCUCCUAUGAAUCCUACCCCCUCCCCCUCCUCCUCCUCCUCCUCCUCCUCCUCCUCUUCCUCCUCCCUGGCUGGUACAGAGGAGAGAGGAGAACAAGACAGACAGACACAAGCAUUGAGAGACAAGGAAGGCGGUGAUGGCGGUGGUGGGGGCAGCGUGGGCGUGGUGAUCGGCGUGGUGUUCCUGGUCACCCUGCUCAUGGCCCUGGGCUGGGUCUCCUAUGCUUACUUCUACCCGCACAGCACCUCGGGGCAGCUGCUUAUCAAGUACCGCCCAAGCACCUGGUCGUGGCGGAGCGGCGAGGCGCGGUACACAGCAGCCGCCAUCCACAGCAUCCACAUGUAGACAGCCGCCGGCCGCCACCAACCACCCAGCCGCCAGAGCCGCCGCACACACAGGAACGCACAUACACGUACACACACACACGCCAGCCGCCAGAGCCGCCGCACACAUAGGAACGCACAUACACAUACACACACACACGUCAGCCGCCAGAGCCGCCACGCACACAUACGUACACGCACACGCCCUGGGAUUGACGCACAUGACGGAAUGUUGAAAAAAAAAAAAGUGGGUUGUUUUAUAAAGAAAAGAAGAAGAAGAAGGAAAAGAUAAUGAGAAAAUAAAGAUAGAAGGGAAAGAUAAAGAUAGUGUGUGUAGAGAGAGAGAAAGAAGAUGGAAAGAAAAAUAAAGAAAGAAAGAAAAUGGGAAUAUUGAGAGAGAUAAUAAUGAGAGAAUAAAGAUAGAAGGAAAAGAUAAAGAUAGUGAGAUAAAGAUAAAGAUAGUGUGUGUAGAGAGAGAAAGAAGAUAGAAAGAAAGAAAGAGAAAUAAAGAAAAUGGAAACCUCGAGAAAAAUAAGAUAAUAAUAAUAAUAAUGAGAAAAUAAAGAUAGAAGGGAAAGAUAAAGAUAGUGUGUGUAGAGAGAAAGAAAAUGGAAGACAAAUAAAAUAAAUGAAGAAAAAAGAAAAUAGAAGAAAAUAAAUGAAAAAAAUAGAAGAAAAUAAAUGAAAAAAAUAGAAGAAAAUAAAUAGAAGGAAAAUAAUAAGAAAUAGAAGGAAAAAGAAAGAAAGAAAAGAAAAGAAAAAUGAAGAAAAAGAAAAUAAAUUAAGAAAAAAGAAAAUAAAUAAAAGGAAAAUAACAAGAAAUAGAAGGAAAAAGAAAGAAAAGAAAAAACGAAACAAAAGAAGAAAAAGAAAAUUAAUGAAGACAAAAAUGAAGAAAAUAAAAGAAAAUUAAAAAUAAUAAGAAAUUGAAGGAAAAAAAGAAUGAAAGGAAAUCAGAAAAAAGGAAGAAAAGAGGAAAAUGAGAAGAAAAAAAACUAUUAUAAAGAAGAAAACAAAGAAAAUAA